ACUUACAGCCAUAAUUUUAGCUGCCACUACUUUUUGCUCCGAUAAUUUCCACUCCUGAAGUGCACACGAUUCGACCGCCAUGCCUCCCGCAGAAAGGACAAAGAAGCCCAAGACUACCGACAAGUCGGGGGAUAAAGACAGGGUGCACAAGCUUUCGUUGAAAGGUGAUUCUCUCCUCAGUUAGGGUCAAUGUGGAUGCAAGGAGCUAACUCGAUCUUAGGCUCCUCGAAGUUGGUUACAGAAUUUGUGAGUAUUGAUUGAUUGAUUGAUUGAUUGAUUGAUUGAUUGAUUGCCAGCCAGAGCAGUCGCUGUGAAUUAUCCGGUGCGCCUUUUGCUGACUCCCACAUAGUUUGAGUACUCUAUAAACACAAUCCUCUUCCAAAGAGGGGUAUACCCAGCAGAGGACUUUACUGCCAUCAAGAAAUAUGGUCUUAACAUGCUCGGUAGUUACCUCCCGCCUUCUUCCUCUCUCUCUCUCUCUCUCUUAGUGACCCUCGUCACCUAGUAGGCUAACGGACACCGUGAGAAUAGUCUCCGCCGAUGACCAAGUAAAAUCCUACAUCCGCAAGAUAAUGUCCCAACUGAGCAAGUGGAUGCUCGGUGGCAAGAUCUCGAAGCUAGUGAUAGUAAUAACCUCAAAGGAUACGGGCGAGAACCUGGAGAGAUGGCAAUUCGACGUACAGCUCCAAGGUAAAGCCGCGAAAGCCAAGAGCCCUCCUCCCGCCGCCACCGACGGCUCCGGCUCUACCAGCAAGGAAAACUCGGCUCCCGCUGCCGCAGCGCCAGUCCCUGAAAAGACCGAGAAGGAAAUCCAGGAGGAGAUCCAGAGUCUCUUCAGGCAGAUUACUGCAUCCGUUACAUUCUUACCCAUGCUAGAUGGGAGAUGCACUUUCAACGUGCUUGUCUAUGCGGACGGCGACGCUGAGGUCCCCAUGGAAUGGGGCGAUUCGGAUGCCCGCGAGAUCGCCGGCGGGGAGAAGGUUGCGUUAAGGAGCUGGGGGACCAGUAGUCAUAAGGUUGAUACUUUGGUUAGUUAUAGACUUGCUGACUGACCGACCGACCGAUUGGAUGAUGAGGGUAUGGGUGGUGGUUUCUGGUUUCCUGUCAUACAUUAUGCUGUUUGGGUCAUUGGUAUUGGGGUUAUGGUUCUCUUUUUUUCUUCUUCUUUUUCCCUUUUUCCCUCUUAAUAUUGUCUGAUGCGGUUAUCUUGAGAUGGGUUGGAGUGGGACGGUGUAUACCUGGUUCUUGAAUUUAUAUAGAUACCAACCUGCUCGACGCAGGUCUAA